AUCGAAUUAGGGCUAGCGAUUGCUUAGCGCGCACACAAUAGAAAAGUUAUAUGCAUAUAUACCAUCCCUAGCCGAUUGCUUCGUAAAGUCUAUUGUCUCGCCUUCUUCAGUUCCCAAGGCAAACGAUUCAUCAUCGAUCGCCGAUAGCUUUCAAAUCAAGAAGAGAUGUCGAGGCAGAGCAGUUACAAGCAGCAGCAUGACCUCGAGAAGAGGAAAGCUGAAUCAAUGAGGAUUAAGGAGAAGUACCCCGGUAGAGUGCCGGUAAUUGUCGAGAAAGCCGAGAGAAGUGAUGUGCCAAACAUUGAUAAGAAAAAGUAUUUGGUUCCGGUAGAUACUACGCUUGGGCAAUUUGUUUAUGUCAUUCGAAAGAGAAUUAAUUUAAGUGCUGAGAAGGCCAUAUUCAUGUUCGUCGACAACGUGCUUCCACAGAUUGGAACUCUGAUGGGCCAUCUCUACGAAGAGAAGAAAGAUGAAGAUGGGUUCCUUUACGUUGUCUACAGCGGAGAGAACACCUUUGGCUCUCAAAAACCGUGACUCGACCAAGCUUAAGUAUUGCCGACCCGACCAGCAUAUUGUUCAUAAUGGCAUGGCUCGUGUCUGGUGCCGGAAGCGAGCUUUUGCAAUAACGCAAAACCAUGUAUAUUUUAUGCAAUCUCUUCUGAAGAUUGAUUUUUGCACGUACAUAUAUAUUCUGUGUGCUGUGUGCUGUGUCGCAAGUAUCGACCAGUGGUGGCGGUUGAUGUAACAAAAAACUAAGAUAACAUCUACCUUCACUUCUGAUCUUA